ACAUUCCUGUUGUGCAUUUUAGUGACGAUUUAAAAUUAAUUAAAAAAAUCAAGUUUAUUCGUGUCAUUUUUUAAUUGCCGUUAAAUAUGGAACCAGUAAAUAAAUUGUCAAAUAAAAUGGAAGAAUGGAGCCACGACCAAGUCCUAUCAGUGCUGCAGCGUUGGGAGAUGAAGGAGUUUUGUGAAUUUGUGAAAGAGAAGCAAUUGGAUGGAAAAGAUUUAUCGAAUGUUACAGAAGGUGUUAUAAAGCUAUGGAAGCCGAAGGCUGAUGCAAAGAAGAUUGUCAAUUUUCUCAACGAUUUGAAACAAUACCCAGAUAAAUAUUUAUCAACUUUGUCAAGCUCUAAGAAAGAAAUAAUAAAAGUAAGCAAAGAGACCAACAUUUGUCCAGAAAGUCAAUACCAGACGGUCACAGUAAGAAAGACUAGGGAAGAAGUUAAUGUAAAUACUGUGGAAGAAAUAUUAAAGAAGAUUGUACCUGCUAAAAGUUUUCUAUACAGAAAUCAGCAGAAGAGAACAGAGAAAGCAGUAACGUCAUAUUUGCCGAUGGACACAGGGACAGCGAAGAAGAGAAGUUUCUUUCGCCUCAGUUCAUAUGAAUACCCUUUCUUUGACCUUCGAUUAAGAUUUCCUAAAAUAGAAACCAAUACAGACAGAGGAUAUUACUCAGUUAAAUCAAACCGUUACUGUAUACCAAAGACUUGUAAAAAGCAAGAAGUUAAAACGAAAUACAAAUCUUUGCCAUCGCCAGAGCCGAUUACAGACAAUGUUAUAGAAGAUCAUUUAUAUGAAGAUUUAAAUUAUAACGAAAUGAAUAAUAUUAACGACACAAAAGAAACGCCAUCUAGUGGCCACAAUGUUCAAGUUAAACCUUGCAUGGUGAAAAUUCAGGAGCUUUUUCAGUCUUUUAAAUUUCCUUUCUUUAGGAGAAAUGAAGAAGUAUCUCCUAGUAACGAAAUAUCUAAGGAAGAAAAGGAAAUAAAUAUUUAUGAAAAUAAUGAUAAUGUUUUAAACAUGUAUGAUUCCAUACAUGUAAUGAAUGAUGACGUCAAAGCUGAGAGUAAAGAAGAAAAAAAUACUCUGCCUGUAGAGGAGUACUUGGAGCCUGUGCAGCUGCAGCAGGAGUACUGCGACGUGCGCCGCCGCCACGAAGACUCUCUGCUCGGAUACAUCAUGAAUUACUUUGAAAAUAGAUUUGGAACGAGACGAGAAACAAAUGACGGAACACAUUCAGAAGAUUCAGAGACAGAUUCAAAAGACAACGAAGACAAAUGGAAUACGAAGAAGACAUGCAACAUGGCGGCGCGCCCUCUGCCGGUGCCUGUUGAAAACGAGCCCUUCUAUAUGAACGUGGACCGCGCGGAGGCGGAAAAUCUGCUUAAGGGACAACCUGAUGGGGCUUUCGUACUCAGACCUUCCAGCCAGCCAAACCACGCGUACACUUUGAGUGUAUCGUGUGGCGGGGAGGUGCAUAACGUGGGCGUACGACGGCGCUCCGACGGGCGUCUGGCGCUGGGCUUCGCACGGCGCGGUGAGCGCAGCUUCCCCACCGUGACGUCAUUGUUGCGCCACCACCGCCGCCGGCGACUGCUGCUGGUGGCCGCCGGGGAUGUCAUCGGCGCUACCACCCUCACUGACACACCCCACUACUACCAGACACCUAGUAGUCUGCCAGUGCUGCACGUGUGACGGAACAUUUACGUUAAAUUUCAAAGUGUACAAUCAUUUUGUUUCGAUCACAUCAAUCAUUAAUUAUUAUUAUUAUUUAUUAUUAUUUUGGGUGACACACUAGCAGCUAGUUAGCUGAUGCGUGUGUGUUGUAAACUCGGAGAUU